AUAAUAAUAUACAAAAAAUCUUUAUUUUUAGCAAAACAUUUGCAUUUUAUAAUUAAUGUGUUAAUGGAAGGCUUUUCAUAUGCGUAUCCUUUUCCACAAGUACGUCCCCCAGAAAUGGAAUACCCGGACCAUGGUGAUGGAUUUGGGGAGUAUUACGGCUUGGGACCUCUAAAUGGAGAAAGAGAUGUUAAACGAAACAGCCGCUCUAAACAACGUAAAGUCAGACGAGACACGAAACGUUCACGAUCGAGAAGUGCAUCUAAAGCUCGCUCAAGGUCGCGAACGAGAUCUAGGGGCGGAUCUCAAUCCCGUUCCCAAUCUCGGUCCCGAUCGAGAUCCCGCUCUCGAAGCCAUUCUGGAAGUAAAAGAGAAAUCAACUUCAAAGAGCCGGGAUUUUUAGACGCAUUUAGAGUUUUGUAUCUGACACCAAGCAAACAUAAAAAAAACGAAUCGAAAUAUUUAACAACAAAAAAGCGACAAGAUCGUAUUCAAGAAAUUCUUAAGCGUGACGGUCUGGGGUCGAAGCGUUGGCUCUUCUAUCCCCGUUCCCGAAAUCAAAUCGAAUCAGAUCCGAUCACAGACUUGAAAUCGCGGGAUAGUUGUGACCAGAGGGUGAAAGUUGACGGUGAAUUCUUCAGGAAAUAUAAGAAAAGUAAGCGAGUGGACGUCGACGCGCCAAUAGCGAAGCUGAAAAGGUGGGAGGUGAUUUUAUAUAAGAAGCUAGGUUUUAUUCAGGCUGUUUAAUUUUGUCGUGUAAUAAAGUUUUAAUUUGUAAUAUUAAUUGCUUUUCUUUUCAAUUUUUUCUUAUUUCUUCUCUAGCUAUUUUUGUGCUUAAUAGGAGAUUCAAUUUUUUACACGUAAAUGUAAAUUAUUUUAUUUAUAAU